GUCUUGUUUAACCAAACAUACUGAACAAAAACAGCGUGUGAUAUACAAGGCAACAUGGCAGCGAACCCUACAGCACAAUUCCACUGCGUUUUAUAACAUCUUCAUUUCGACGAUGAGAGCCAUCUGCUAGAUGAGAUCAUGCCAGAUACCGAGAAUCCACGUUCGUAUAUUCGACCAGUUCCCCUGCCCAUUCCUUCGCAUCAAGGGCUAAAAAUCACUGCUAGAAAUGCCAAAUUCUACACUUGCGAAGUUCCAACGAGGAAGGAAGUUGCGAGGGAGAAUUAUGAACGCCGUAGACAUCAAAUGAGCAAAUGCGGUUAUCGCUCAGUCAUUUACAAGCCGUAUCAACCGGUUGGGGAGGUGUUUUUGGAUGAUAGGAAGUUAAUUUUGAGCGCCUUGGGACAGGAGCAAACGGAACAAGACAACCAGGUAUAUUGUGACGUUGAGCACUCUAACAUUCAAGAUAAAGUUUACCCUCUUAGGUUCAUAUUUCAAGAUGAGAAUGAAAUGAUCUUUAUUCAUUUCAUUAUUCAAUACACUUGAGAACGUUUGAUCGUGCUUUGAAGUUAAUUUACGCACGCUUAUUAAAAUGUACGCAAAGUUUAAUAAGUAAAUGAACCAUCGUGAAUCAAGGCGCUAAUGACUUUUCGCAUGAUAGUGACGUUGUGUUCACGAUUAGUCAGUAAUUUUUGAUCGCGAUCAGGCUCACAUCGAAUUUUCUACGUGAUAAAAAAACUGUCCCGGCUGAAAUAAUUUUAACCCGCAGAGUCACGCCACGAACGAGGACAUUUUAACAAAGUAAUACUGUUGCGACGUCUGGAGAAAUUUUAUCUGUUUUAUGGCUAUUUGUAAGCACUGUCACGAUAACGUCAUAUUAAUAUUUAAUUUUGCUGCCUUCGAAAGGAAGGGAAAUGCCAAAUAUUUGAACAAACGCCCGAUGCGUAUUAUAUGAGUAUUUCUAAAAACCGUCGUGAUAAUAUCAGAGUAUGCUUUACGAUAUGAAACAUGAAACUUCUACUUAGCUGUAAUUACCAUGGAUGUCCCUAAAAGAAAUUACCGUUAGUAAUCGACUUCAACAGUUCGUUAACUGUUUAUUCGUCUCUGAUAGAUGUCCGCAUAAUUUACCGCAAGAGUGCCUUCUUUACAGGUGAAAUAAAAGCUUAAUAUUGCAGCUGUCUUUUUUCAAUAUUUUGACAGACACAUUUCACUGCGAAUCAGUCUUGUGAACGAAUACACAACAAACGCUGCCAAGUCAGCCAAGUAUUACUUUUCAAAUCGCGCCAAGAGAACUGACACCGAGACCGACACAUCCGAGUCUUCCGACUUUUAGAUAUAAAUGGAAAAUACUAAACUAAAUGCGAUUAUUGCUGCUCCGGAGGGGGACAAAACGGACAAACGUGACAAGUGCAAACAUGCCUACAAUGAGUUGAACAAAACUAUUAUUGUAAAGCCGAAAUUAUUAGCAAAUUUAGGUUGAAAGAUAGAUUCAAAACCUUCUGUAAACCCUAAAGAGCCUGGUAACCCUCAGUUUUUUUUGGUUGUGUUGCCACACAACCCCCCUCCCCCACAUGCAUAAAAUGACGACACUAGCAGGGAGUUCCAAGUGCACAAGUGUCUCCCAUAUGUGCCCUGUUCUUUCUUGUCCCAUGAAGCUUUCAAGUGCCUGCUAUGCUAGGUACACUGACAGGCCACUGGGAAGUUAGGAACUUGGUAUCUUUGGGCACAAAGAUUAAUGUUAAAGAAAAUGUACUUCUCACCUUAUUUAGAUUCAAGAUGAGUCUUCAUCGUCUUCUGGUGUAUCAGAAUCAGAGGAUGAAGAAUCUCUGCGGCAAUCAAAGGUAAUUGUUGUGAUUAAUAAUUUAUUAAUGAUCAAUAAAAAUAGUCAAAUUAAACAUGAUGCUUUAAUCGUUAAAAGUCGCCCCCACAUUGUUAAAAAAAGAAAGGAAAAAUGGUAUUAAAAGGUGUUACGUAAAUCAAGGUGGCUCUCAUUCUACCCUUCUUCGAUAAUAAUGACUUAUUACUGCCCAAAUGUAAUCUUGUACCCAGAUCUCAAUGACGUAUGCCUAGCUGGCAGGUGGGAGUAAGACCAAUAUAAUUCAAAAAAGAAUUUGAUACGAUGUCAUGCUAGUGAUAUUUUUAUCUUUACUGUGCAUGAUUAUAUUUUAGGAUCAGCAACCAGUGCUUCCACAGCCAACCAACUACAAACCAAAGGUUAUGAAUGAUAUCAAGGCCCAGGUCAACAAGGGAAGGUUCGUGAGAGUAAAUUAUCUAUCAGGGGUUGUCCAUUAUGUAUUGAUGAAAAUGUCCAAAAAAAUGAUGGGGAUGAAAUUUAUUAGCUUUCCCAGGCUGAGAUACACUGCACAGGGCAGCUGCAGAAUCUGAGAAACAUUAACCUAGACUGACACUCAGACUGCCUGAUGUGUAUACAGUGGUUGAUCUACACUGUAGGGGAGGGGAGGGACCUGCAUGUCAGUCUUAUAUUUCUAGGUCAAGCUCAAGCCUAACAGGACAAAGAAAAAAAUUCUUUUCAAGGCCAGGCGUAAAUCUUAUCUUAUUAAAGGGUCUGCAUGGAUGUACACACUGGGCUCGACCCACUUAUUUGAAAAUGUGAAUUGGCCUGACUGGUACACACAUGGUCAUUAUAAAGAAAUCAUGGGUGUUAACAAUAAAUUCCCAGAUUUUACUCUGUGAAGAAGAAGUAAUUCCAAUCUACAUGUAUGGAUAAAUAGGAACAACAAGUCUAUAUAGUAAUUAUGCUUUAUGGCAUGGGAAACCUUUAGGGUCAAGCAUACCACUUGUGCUAUGGGUCAACUGGGGUUCCUGUGCAGGCUCCUCCCCACCUACCUACCCGGCUCAACCUCUUUUUUUGAGCGGGCUUAUAAAUGCAUGACAGUUUAAAAUAAAUUUCCCUUUUGCUUUGUUUUGUUAACAUUAACGAUUGAUAAAUUUCUGACCAGGAAAAUGAUUCAUGCUGUGAGACUUGGUUUUGGAUUGUACAGGCUUGUCCAUGAUGAACAGCACAGAAAGGCAAGUUGACUUAGAAUUACAGAAAUAUUUUGUAUAACACUUCUACUUAAAGAUAAAUUGGAUUCAUUAAUUUAUCAAUCAAAAAAUUCAAUAUUGGUUUAGCAAGCAGAAGCUGAGAGGGAGAGAAAACAAAAAGAAGAGGCUGCAAGAAAUCAGAUGAAACCUGCUUCCACUGACAGUGAAAAUUCUGAUGACGAACUAGAUAUUGAACUUAAAAGGUAUCUCAAAAUUGGUUAGACCAUUUUUAAUGAUUAUUAAAACAGCCCAUUUUUGAAGACCUGAUUCUAAUUCUUAAUACGUGUAUGUAAAAUUAUCAAGUUUAUAAUGAGUUAAUAUUAUUUAUUUGUUGUAUUACAUCUCAAUAGUUACAUGAUUCCAGCACCAAGCAGUCCAAGUCGAGAGACAGAGUAAGUUUUAUAACAAAUAAUUUUAUUUCAGGCAUCGAAGAAUCCAGACCAGAUUUGACCCCCAACCCCCGGCCUGUAACUCAUUAAAUGCCAAAAGGUUAGGGUUACAGGGGUUGAUAAAUCUGUUCCCAUUCAGAAUUUUCAAACUGCCUUUUAUCUAUUUCCUUUCCCUUUUGUGCCCAGUUUCUAAAUUUUAACCAUAUAUAGGUUUAGGCACUUGUUUAUCAAUGUUCCUCCUGUUAGACUGUCCACAGCCCCCUAUUUUUCCGUAAGAUCAUCGAGAUGAAAGACUUUGCAUUACAAGCAGCCAUCUUGGAUGAGUGUCAAAUCUACUUAGGGGGCGGGGAACGGCUUACCUCCCCCACCUCCAUAAACACCGAUGCCUACCCCCUUUGUACAUAUGAAAACAAGAUGGCUGCUCACACUGGUAACCCUCCAUCCUGAUGAUCUUAUGAAAAAAUUGGGGACUGUAAACAGACUAAACUUAAACUUGCAGUGAGCACAGGUCUGUCAGUGCAUCCCUAAAUGCAGGCUGACUGUAGGAUUUCGAUUUCUGGCUUGGCAUUGAUAGAAAAAAAUAUUUAGAGAACACUUAAAUAAAUUCAACUGAAGGGUUGUCUUAACACAGACAUGGAAAAUAACACACAUGCAUGAAAUUUAAUAAACUGCUAGAUCCUUUUUCAAAAUUGUCUUCUCUUUAAUGGAGGAGCAAAGGGAUAAUUUGACAUACAAUUUCUGUAUGGUUAAAAUAAAUUAGGAAGGCAGUAACAUUUUUUUAUAGGCAACAUAACCUCAGCAAACUGCAGUAGUACAUCACAUAAGGGAUACCAGAUUUUUAUAUAAUCUGCGAAACCCUUUUUUUUUUUUGCUUAGUUAUGGAGAACACCUUGAUCCUGCACAGGACACCCAACCAAGACCCAGCAGCUCUCAUUCUUCCUCCAGUAGUCAAAGGUGGAAACAGCUUGGUAAGCACAUUCAGAUUAAUAAAAUAUUAAUAUUACAUCCACUGAGUAUCUAUUAGAUAUAGACAAGACACACAAAACUUUCACCAACAGUCUAUUAAAGUUGAAUUAAUACUACAGUAUAACCUCUCCACAAUGGCCACCAUGGCAACAGAAGAAAGUGGCUGUUGUAGAGAGGUGGGCAUUGUACAGAGGUGAGUGUUGUAGGGAGGUGGGUGUUGUAGAGAGGUGGAUGUUGUAGAGGUGGCCGUUGUAGAGAGGUGGGUGUUGUAGAGAGGUGGGUGUUGUAGAGAGGUGGGCGUUGUAGAGAGGUGGGCAUUGUAGAGAGGUGGGUGUUGUAGAGAGGUGGGUGUUGUAGAGAGGUGGGUGUUGUAGAGAGGUGGGCAUUGUAGAGAGGUGGGUGUUGUAGAGAGGUGGGUGUUGUAGAGAGGUGGCCGUUGUAGAGAGGUGGGCGUUGUAGAGAGGUGGGCGUUGUAGAGAGGUGGGUGUUGUAGAGAGGUGGGCGUUGUAGAGAGGUGGGCGUUGUAGAGAGGUGGGUGUUGUAGAGAGGUGGGCGUUGUAGGGAGGUGGGUAUUGUAGAGAGGUGGGUGUUGUAGGGAGGUGGGCAUUGUAGAGAGGUGGGUGUUGUAGAGAGGUGGGCGUUGUAGAGAGGUGGGCAUUGUAGAGAGGUGGGUGUUGUAGAGAGGUGGGUGUUGUAGAGAGGUGGGCAUUGUAGAGAGGUGAGUGUUGUAGAGAGGUGGGUGUUGUAGAGAGGUGGGCAUUGUAGAGAGGUGGGUGUUGUAGAGAGGUGGGUGUUGUAGAGAGGUGGGCAUUGUAGAGAGGUGGGUGUUGUAGAGAGGUGGGUGUUGUAGAGAGGUGGCCGUUGUAGAGAGGUGGGCAUUGUAGAGAGGUGGGCGUUGUAGAGAGGUGGGUGUUGUAGAGAGGUGGGUGUUGUAGAGAGGUGGGCGUUGUAGAGAGGUGGGUGUUGUAGAGAGGUGGGUGUUGUAGAGAGGUGGGUGUUGUAGAGAGGUGGGCGUUGUAGAGAGGUGGGCGUUGUAGAGAGGUGGGUGUUGUAGAGAGGUGGGCAUUGUAGAGAGGUGGGUGUUGUAGAGAGGUGGGCAUUGUAGAGAGGUGGGCGUUGUAGAGAGGUGGGUGUUGUAGAGAGGUGGGCGUUGUAGAGAGGUGGGUGUUGUAGAGAGGUGGGUGUUGUAGGGAGGUGGGCGUUGUAGAGAGGUGACUGUUAGUGGAGGUUCAACUGUAUCUAAGUCUAAGCACAAGUCAUACAAUAAGCCAAUCCUAUGUUUGUACCUAACUUAAAUAAAUGAAUAAUAGUAAAUUAUAAAGCAAUGAACAAAUCAAAGUACAGUUAAUGUAAAUGAUCAUUAAUCAAAACUAAUAUUACAGAGCUAAAUGAAGUCCAUAGUAACUGUAUAUGCCCUUUAUACUUUUCUUGCUAGGUACGUCUGUCGUCACGUCAGUAAAGAGCCCUCCCGCGUCACCACAGCCUACCCUCCAAGUCUCCUCACCCACCCCCUCACAUUCAAUGGAUCUUGAUUUUGACAGGCUAGUCUUUUUGCAUUUGAUGGAUAAUUCUUAGUGUAUUUUAAUGUGUAUUUCAAUGCUAGAGACAACAACAAAGCUGUGCAAAUUAUAUGUAGCUACUGUAGUUUAAAGCUGUCUAAAAAUUUCAAUAAAUAAGUUUUUCCCUUUCUAGAAUAACUAAAAUAAUAUAGUGUACGUUUAAUAUUCGGGGAAAUCCAGGGCAGCUAAUCGGAAAGGAAUUUUAUGUGCGCUAUCUAAGUACAUGGAGAAAAAGUUUACAAGAGGGAAUGGCAGAACAGCUUUUUCAUUCUUGUUAAGUUUGCAACUAUUUUUCGCCCCUAAAUAUUCCCGCCAUCAAACCAAUCAGCUAUAAGUGGCCCUAGUUUAUGGCUUUUGCACGAAGACGCAAAAAUGGAAAGUACUGCUGUUUGCCACCAGUAAAUUUCUCUCGAUUUCUAACAUAAUUAUCGUACCGACAUAAAUGUCCAAGACCAACUUCUUCCUUCCAACCUGCGUUAUAAAUUUCAAAUUCAUUUCUUUGUUUGAUCGAGUACAAAUUGCUCAAAUCACCUCAAAUCAGCUGCUGCUCAAAUGCAAAAUACUCUGUUACCGCUGACCAGUUAGUUGAGAAGAACACCAAGUUCACGACAAACACGUGAUCGUUUUUAUCGCGUUUGUAACAAAAAUCACGAUGAUAAAGUGCAGAUGGAAGGUGAACAAAAUGAAAGGGGACAAAGAAAGUAAUGCAAAACUAUUCUGUUUUUCAUGUAGGUCGUCAACUGAACAUCCAGAAACAGAUCGAAACAUGACAAGUGCGCCCUCCAGCCCUGCCCCCACCACUCGAAGGUACCUUCACCCACCACAGUCCGCUGCUCAAAGCACCAUAUCAAAAAGCAGCCGCCGGUCUAGGAGACUGCGAAGUCAAAGGCCUUAUUCACCGGUGUAUUCCAAUAUCAACUACAAUGACGUCACCGACAGGUUUGUCCAGCGCUACUAGCCAGGUCUGACAUGCCAGUGUAGAAACCAGAGUUGUAAUUGGCAUUUGCAGCACCUCUGCAGCCGCUGGAUACUUGCGGGCAACUUCCACUGAUAGAGAAACUGUGUGUUUUGACUUGUUCUCAAUCUGCUCGUGACUGCGUCACCAAAAAAAUUACAGCACUUGCCCGCUUAUAGUUAGCCUGCGAACCGCAGACGUAUUUCUGGUCGUCGCUUUCUCCCUCCGAAAAAUAACGUUUUUCUCGGCGGGUGAAACUAAAGCCGAAAAAACCGGAUGCUCUCGCAGGCUAGCUUAUAGUCUGCUUAUCGCGCCCACUAAGCAGAAUAGUACCUGACUGGCUUAGUUGUCCUAUUUGUCUCCUAAUUUAAUUUUAAGGAAGGUAGCACGUGGAAGAUGUGCGCGAGGGUAGAUGGGAUGGAGGGAAAAGGGGAGUCUCUCUUUUUUCCCUCUCUCCUUCCCAUCGUCCCUUUCGACGAGAUGCCGUUAUAGUCCCCCGCGAUUGUUUCCUUCGCUGCGCAUGCUUUCUUCGAGUCUUAAUGUCGCCUAUUUAUUGCUAACCGAGAGCUUAACCGUCUAUUUUACCACAACUGGAAAUUGCACAAUAGUGACCCGGAGGAGGUGGUACUCGUCCAAUAUUUGGGUAUGGGUGAGCCGCUGAGGGUUUGAAACCCUGUCCCCGGGAAGGACAAAAAAAUCCUAAAAUAUUUACCCUGUUUCGGACAAAGGAGAAAAUGCACGCCGUCUUGUUUUUAAUUGACUAUCGCAACAGGGCAAAUUCACGUUAUAGGCUUUUGAAUACUUUGAGUACAAACAAAAUUUAUCUUGCAAUCAAAUCAAUCGUGUAGGCACAAUACCCUGUUGACAGACCUACACGAAAUUAUAUACCCUGUUUAGGACAGAGAGGUCAAAAACUAUACCUUGUCUAAGGGUAGAUCCCCGUGUAAUACCUCCCCCCCCCCCCCCCCCCCCGAAUAAUGAACGACUUUUGCCGGCUUUCAUGUGAAUCGGUAUAUAAUUCAAAAAAUAAACUCGUUUUUGUCUUCGAUACGUAGGCUAAUCCAGGUUCAAUACAAUGCAAUACUUUACUUAAAUUAGUAUCAAGGAUUAGUUUCUUUAAAAAAAAAGAACUCCACCAGCUGCUAACCAUAUAUGUCAUGCAAUGCUGGGAGGCCAUAUAAAACAAGUAAAAAUACUGACACGUCAAAAAACAGGCAUCAUCAUUGUUGAUGUUAUGUCUUUAUCACACAGGAAAAACAUAUUUCGUCAGCUGUGCGCACUGAACUGGAUCUUAGAGGGGAUGUCUCAGGAUCAACAGCCUCCAGUCAUGCCACCGAUCACGAGCUGCUGGAAAUUAAAGUACGUACCCUGCUCCAUUGUCUUCCAGCUGGGUGUCCUGUGUUUGUUCCUGUCAAAUGGGUCAUGCCAGUUUUGCUUUUCUUGAGGCCUGAGUGUUGGUUUCUUUGUGGCUAUUAUUUUAAAGUUAAUUUAUUAUUAUAACAAAAUAAACAGCCGACGCUUUGUGACACCGACAACGGCUUCCCAGCGCGCGAAAUGAUAUCCGUGGAAACGAGGGCAGAAAUUCUAUACUGAUCACGUGUUACUACACAGACCUGGAUAGUGCAUCUGAUUGGUUCAAAAUUAGCUUCAACCAAUUAGAAGCACAACCUACAUUGGAUGAGUAGUGACACUUUAUUAGUAUGGAAUUUCGACGCUUGUUCCUCAACCGAUAUUUCUCACCUGCAGGGAAACCGUUUUUUGCGUCGCGAAAAUGUCGGCUGUCUUCCCAGCUUAACUAUAUAGAGUGUUUUCACAUGACGUCACGGCGGCCAUAUUGGUGUCCCAAAACCAUGAAAGUGCGGCCAUGUUGGUGUCCUAAACCAAUCCUGUGGGAGUUGAACUCUUUUCUUGUGCAAACGCUUUCUUUUGUUCCAAUAAAUUUGCAUAGAUGCUGGCCUCGUGGGUGAAAACACUCUAUAGCGAGCUGACUUCCAUUUUUUUAAAUUCUUCGCUUUUCUUAGCACGUUACCUUUUUUUUCUAAUCUUCAAAACUUUGAUAGCACUCGAUUAGCUUUUCUCUUGUUUUGUGUUUAAUUUAUUUCAUUACUUUUUCAGGGACCUUAAUGAAGACCCAAGAGCAAUCCGGAAAAGAGUAGAAAAAGAUAAGCUCACAGAUAAAGACUGGGCGACAUUUAAACAAAAUCCUGCUCGCUUUACGCAGGUGAGAAGUACAACAUGCUAGAGAUCUUUUUCAGAAGCAGAUAUUCACGAAAAUGGCUGUUUUCUUGCCCCAUACAUGCAAGGGAUUCCGGAGUCCGGGAAAUUUUUGCUUAUCAAUCCGCAAUCUGGGAAUUUUGCUUGUGGAAUCCGGAAUCCCACUAACGAUUGGAAUCCAGAAUCCAAGAUUUUCACCGACAAAACAAUCCGGAAUCUAUGGCGUGGAAUCCGGAAUCCAAGUAUGUCUUGGAUUCCCUUACGUGGGGCGAGUUUCAGUACUGCUACUUAUAAGGUGCUUUUGAUGCAAGAUUUUCUAAAGGUUUCAAACCCCCGAAAGCAUUCAAUAACCAGGCUUACAUUUUUAUUUACUUCCAAAUCCUAAGCGUGGAACUCGAAGAGGCACAAGGAGAAUCUCCAUUCACCCGAAUUUCAUCCAGCGCUUUUCCACAACGAACACCCCCACUGUUGGACCUAGUGCUCUCCGCGUUCCAACAGAGACACGGCCACGAAGUGGAACAAGUGUGACUGGAGAGACCGUGGUGUCAUCCCGAACAGAAGUUCCGACAGAGCAUGCGCCAGACCAAAGGGCCUCUCAGGAAGGGAGUGGAAGCGACGGUCAUGGAAAUUCUUCGCAUAGCGGUGGUGAGUCUCUAGCACGAAUUUUUUUUAAAGACAUUAAUUUCACACUGGCUGAAAGAAGCAGAAAGAGAAUGAAAUUUCUAAUCCAAGUGAUUUCGCAGUUAAUUCAAAUAUUUUCAUCCGCUUGCUUCUUAUGGAACUAAAAAGAAACAAAAAGAAAGGCUAGGAAAAGAGAAAAGGUACUGACGUGAAAAUCAUUGGAAAUUUCAUAACGUUAGCAAAUAUUCUUUUUUUCCCUUUGAAAGUAGGUUAUCUGACCCAACCGUUUUCUGAACCAAAAUAAACUUAUAUAGAUACAAGAAUGAGAAAUUGUCCAUUAUCAGGAAAAACCAAAACCUAAGGUUCCUUCAGUGUCAACGAGAGUGUUGAAGUGUGCCUUUGAAUGCCACUAAUACUUGGGACAAACCAGAAGUAAAUGUCUGAGAUAUCGAGUCAAGUUCUAUGGUAUUUUUUAAACUCUCUUUCUAGAUACAUUUUUUGCUUAUAACUCUCGCGUUUUCAUUUUCUUUUGUCACAAGGUGGUCAUACGGUUACUUUUGUGGACCCAAAGAUAAGAGCCGUAUCAGCCCCUCCUGGGCCCAUAAGUGAGCAGACCACUGUCACACCAGGAGCAUUACCAGUCACCAUGUCAAACACCAACUCAAACGGGGCCCCACAGAACGGAGCUCCAGGCGGGAAUGAUAAAAAGGCACCACCAAAGCUUCAGAAACAGAAAUCAUUCACUGUUACAACUGUCUACACACCACCUUCAAAUCCUAGCAAAGCCAUGCAGAAAAUACGCGCCAAGACGAGGGCAGCAAAAGCCUUUAAAAGCACACUUUCGGUAAUGCUCUUUUCAAUGUGCAAUUUGCACGCCUGAUUUCCGUGAUGUGGAAAACGAUUGACGGCCGGUCUGCGUCUCGUGACUCGUCGCCGAAUGCUUGGCGCCAUUUUGGCCUUAAAAUCGAGUGAAUCAUGAUAUUGCUAAAAUAAAUAGAAACAUUUAUCUGGAAUAUUGAAGGCACAACUUCAGAUCGAUUCGCAAACCGCCGCAAACCUGUUACCGCUUUAACCUCUUAUUCAGAAUGAUCUUAACACAAGCUGCACUUUCUAUAAGCACCAAGAGUGUUAUUGUGUUUUCGGAAGGACCUGUUAGAUAAGAUAGGAACCUGAAAGACGUAGAUUUGAUCAUAAGAUAAAUCGAUACCGAUUACUGCAGCGUGUUAUCUCUUGUUGAGGUCUCAUUUCUAUUCUGUUUUAGCACAAGGAGCUGGAAAAACUUGCGUCGAAACCUGAAGAACAGCAAACGGCGAGCGAUUCACGAGUGAGAGCUUGGGUUCAAGCAACCGGUAAGGUACCACUUAUUAUACAGAUUAUUCCAGACGUUGGAUUGAAUGUAAAUAAAAACACCCUGCCCUGCCCCUUUUUCGUCUUCUUAUCAGAUGAUAAAUCUACUGAAUCACUUGUUGUUAGAAGAACGUAAGCAAGGUUUUGUUUCCAAACAAAAAUCAUGAUCUACAGGUAACGACAAAUAUGAUAUGCCAAAUUGUUGAGGACGAAGCAGGGCCCUCUUCAGGGCCCCUCUUAAACCCCCCACCUCCGGGAAAUAACUACAUUAAUUGUUAACUUUUUCCCCCCUUCUUUUCAUAACAGGAGCAGUUAACACUAAAAGGUCAGUUCAUUUUCCAUCUUGUAUUUUAGUGGGUUUGUCAUUCCUUGUCCUAGCGUUUAUCCGAACAAUAAAGACCAACUCUAAGCAGCCCUGUGAAACAAAUAUAACAAGGCUCCUUGCAGUUUGCCAAAAAAAAUACCAAAGAAGUAUUCACACAGUUCUCUUUCAAACUUAGCCUGUGGUCAGGCCCUUAGAUAUUAGGGAAGAGUCACGAAAACAAGAAGCCAAGCGAAGUAAGACGUGCAUGAUCACCGCCUCCUCUCCAGCCAUGCCCGCGCGCGUCAAUUUCCCCAUCAGUUCAGUUCUCGAUGUUUAUAGGACCUCUAUGGAUAGCAGUUUUUACUUCUUAUAAAAACUGAAAGAGUUACCCUAUUGAAAAACAGUUUCUCUCUACCUCUGCGUGUUACUAUCUUAGAGCCUGGUACAAGCUAUUUGAAAAUCUGAAUAAAGCACUUUCCGUUUUGCCCCUUAUUCUGACUUUCAUGCAGACUUUCUUGACCGGGCCGUGCAAUCUAAGUGCGAAUUAAACCAGCAGUUGUUAAGUUUUCUUUUCUCUUGUCAACGGAAAAUGUUUCCAAAUACUUGAAAAACAGCCUAGAAUUUCCAACAAGAAUUCUCGGUGCAAAAUUAGUCCCUUUUAACCCACUUGGAAUCUUUUCAUUUUCUUCAUUAGAUUUGCUGCAGCCGCCAUAGCGGCAUUUGGCGCCAUCAGCCUGGAUCAUCGAACUGAGAAAGUUCCCGUCGAGUCAAAAACAAAGUUUGAUGAAGUGGCAGAAGAGAAAGCUCUUAUUUUACACGACAAUUUAGAAGUCAGGGACAGGUGAGCCCGCCCUAUCGUUUGACACUGCUGGGUACUUUUAACCAGAGCGGUAUAAUAAUAAUAUUCCCGGUAUCCGGGAAUUGAACAAAAUACAGUGAAAAUGCAGUGCGGGAUUCGAGAAACGUUAACGGGAUACGGGAUUUGACUGCUACCCGGGAAGCGGAAUUCGCCAAAAUUUGGCAGAGGAUGCAGGAGUGGCAAAGAAAACGAUAUUCACUGACGAUAGCAAUGACGGAAGUUCGGGACGCGUAUUUGCGGGAUAAAGGAGAGGGAAUGUCCCAGUUAUCUGCCGCCUUGGUUCUCCGAGGAUAGUUUAACGUAAUUAAUUAAUAGUCAAAAGAUGAAAUAAAAUCGCGGUAAAGUAAAGAGAGAACACCAAAAUUGGCUUAUAGUCAUGCAUGCAAUCGACGUUACGAAGACAACGUCUUCGUUCAAUUUUUGCCUCUAUUGAUCAAACCCUCUGUUUAGAGCACUUGCUUCCUAUCCGUCCUUUGUAAUUAUUAAGGUCGUUUAUUCUAGAAGACUUAAACAGCAUGGAAAUGCGAAGUAGCAGCCUUCCUUUAAAUCGCCGUGUAACUGUAAUUUGUUUACCCAUAAAGCACCAAGGAGUUCACAGAAACUCAUUCAGGAGUGUCCGUGCUUUCCAGAUCGAACUGGAAUUUGGCCUUGACAUUUUGUUGUCUUUAUUCUCACAGGAAUCGUCUUCAAGUGUUGGAGCGUAAGCUUAUGUGUCUUGAGACGUUCAAUAACAUUUACAGGGCCCUUGAUCAGAUGCGUAGUAGUAGCGUUAUUCCAGACACGGAAACAAACGAGGAGAUGAGACAGCGAGUCACAGAGGAAUGCAAAUGGUUUGUUUAGGACUUACAAUUACUAUCUUUGCUGAAUGGUGUAUUGUCUUCAAGCUAGCCAACUUCUUGACCAGCAGAGGCGUUAAGAUAAUCGCGUGGGCGAGGGUAAUACGCGCGAGUAAGCGAGCGAGCAAGCAAGGAAGACGCGCGAGGGAAAAGAAGAGAAAAGAAGGAAGGGACUGCAACCUCUUUUGUAACCGUCGAGGUCAAUUUCUCCUCCCACCAAAAGUUUGAAUCAGUUAAAUAUACACUAAUCUUGUCAACAUACACCCUCCUUCUCUUUUUGUCUUCUCCUCGCGCGUUUGCCUCGCUCGCUUGCACUUGACUUGCUUGCAACGCUUGUGACAAUCCUGAGCGACUGCUAUCAGUCUAGCUGACCACUGCAUACAGGCUUUGCAUCCUUUUUUGUCGCUCAGGGUUUGUGCAAAGAUUUACCAGUCUGUAUUGUUUGCAUAUGAAGUUAUGAACCUCGACCUCUAAUGAGUUUCUGAUCCACGGAGAAGUUUUAAGUAGGAAAACUACUGUGGGAAUUUGUAAAAGUUCUUGUUCAGGAUUUGCUUUGUCUUUCUUUCCUCUUUGUGUAACAUAUUGUAAAAUAUUUAUACGGUAAAGACGUUUGUUAAGAUCUAACUAUUAUCUGUCCUUUUUUAUUCAUCCUAGGUAUAAAGACUUACUGGGUAACCUGCCGCAGGAUGUAAAAGAUGAUCGAUACUGCACUAUAGUAUUAAAUCGUAUCGCUGGUUAUGGAUCUGUGAGUAUCACUCUUUGUAACUAUGAAUCACCUAACUUUAAAUUAGUGAAACAUGGCUUUGACACCCCGAUACUCUUGCACUGUUUUGCAUGACUGGAAACAAGUUAAAGUGUAAAACGGUUUACGACACCAUGUUACCGAAAACACUAAACAUCAAAUACAGCUAGAAACGGAAUGUUUAUGGAGAAAAAAAAUACUUUUUCUAGGAUUGAUACUCUAAGGAGACACCACUAGCCAUCUCCAGCAAGACAAAAAAGUCUGGAACAGUUUCUCACGUUCUUUUAUUUUUGUAUUCAGCUGGAAGGGAGGAAAAUAAGCAGCAAUCAGUUCUUGAAAGUCUUAUCGACGCUUCGUGACUGGGAAAUCUGCGCCCCUGAUAUCAAUGCCGCUGUUGAGGUGAGUAUAGUGGACCUGAAGCAAUGAAAAACAAUGAUAAUGGAUACGUUACUUUGUAGAUGCCCCAAGCCUUUGUUUCAAAGCGAGGCUAACUGCGAACCCACUGGUAUGAAAAUAUUUUUUUUCUAUACGAAUAAAACUCAUUUUCAGGACACUAAGGUUUUCCCCGGCAGCUUAGCCUAGUUUGAAAGUGAGAGUUUUUGUUACUCAGAAAUGGCCUAUGGUGAUGAUGCAAGGUUUUUGUGUUUUUGUGUUUCUGUUUUUCUUUUGUUCGGAUGGUCACUUUGCUUGUGAAAGCUUUUGACAAGAAAAAUUAAAAGUAACGUAAUUCGAUGUUUCGAUGUUCUAAAGUCAUUAUCAAGACUGAAAACUGUUAAGUAGACCGUGAACAACUUUGACAUUUAACGGUUUUCAUUCACGAUAACGAUGUUAGAAACACAACGUUACUUUUAAUUUUUCUUGUAUGUUGUUCUGGCAAAUAUAAAUUAUGUUACAUUUGCGUCAGGUCGUUGUCGCAAAUUGCGUGGACUGUUGAUUAUUAAAAAAUGCUGCAGCCCUGAUUACAAAAUACUUAGCUUCCAUUCAUUACAAGGUACCACAAUUCCUAUCACACAUUGCCUCCGUUCGCAAAGGGAAGGGGAAGGGUAUUUGGACGACAUUUCCUUUUCAGUCCUUUCCGUUCGAACGCUAUAUCACAAAAUGCGUAAACUGUUACAAAAUUUCACAGGAGAGUAGCUCUUCGAAUGAUUGCCGUGUGAUUGGAGUGA